AUGGCGGACGAUCUGUUUGAAGGAUUGCCACCUCCUUCAUCAAACACUCUUGUUCUUCAUCAUCAUCAACAACUUCAACCACAUCCAAUUGCUGUCGCCACCACCAACGAUGUUAACAACACCGAAUCCUCUGCAGUUCCGCCACCAAAACCAAUCCUCAAAAGUGCCCUCAAGCCAUCCUCUGCAGUUCCGCCUCCAAAGCCCAUCCUCAAAAGUUCCCUCAAGCGCCCCAACCCUACUCAACCCGACGCCCAAGCUACAGCGCCGAAGAAAAGUUUGAAAUUCAAAACCAUGACGGAUGCUUCUGAAGCACAAGUUGUUGAUGCUAUGCAGAAGAUAUCUUCGCACAUCAAGAACCCUACAAAGUUUAGCAAGGCUGCAAAGCUUGCUAUACAGCUCAUUCAAGCAGGAAGUGUAAAGUUAGAAAUUAUUGAUUAUUUUUUUGCUAUAUUAGAAGCUGCAAUGUCAUCAUCCAUAACUUGUACAGAUCCCUCAGUUCGUGCAGAUUACCAUUCUCUGUUCUCAGCAGCUCAAAACACCAAAGAAUACCUCAAUAAGAAGCAAAAGGAUCAAUUGGCAACAUGGACAAUUAAUACUGUGGUGGCUAAUGAUUUAUAUACAGAUGACAGCUUUGUGUUUUCUAAAGCAGCUGGGCAAAUCAAGGAAAUUAUAUCUAAUCUUCCUGUUGCAACCGAGGAGGAGGAUGCAGAGGAAGCGAAGUGUCUCAACAAUAGCACAAUUAUAUCAGAUGAAGGUGGUAAAACACAUGCCACAGAUAAUGAUAACGAUGGAAAGGAAGCUGACCCAUUUGGGCUUGAUGCUCUGAUUCCUAAUUCCUCUAAGAAAGGUGAAAAAUUAAAGGCAAAGAAUGAGGCAGCUGUGGAAACAAGGGAAGAUGAGGAAGAAACCAAGAGAUUUCUCAAAUCACAAAGAGAAGCCUUGAUAACAUGUUUAGAGAUUGCUGCCCGGCGUUAUAAAACACCCUGGUGUCAAACCGUGAUUGAUAUUCUAGUGAAACAUGCCUCUGAUAAUGUGGCAAGAUUUACAGCUAGUCAGAGGGAUGCCGUUGGGAAAUUGUGGGCUUCAAUACGGGAGCAACAAACUCGUAGGAAGCAAGGGAAGUCAGUUAAUGGAAAACUUGAUGUAAAUGCUUUUGAAUGGCUUCAACAAAAAUAUGCAAAUGAAAAAAUUAGCAUUAGGCAUUCUGUUGGAGCUAGCGGAGAUCGUCGUGCACAACAAUGGCUUGGUUAA